UUAAAAACUACCCCCUAGAUUCAGCUACACGGACUUCGCUCCUGAUUUCCACGCGCAGUUUUUGACCCAGAUGAGUGGGCUGAUAUCUUCGAAGCUUCAGCAGCAAAGCAGGUCCUUACGACACUUAAAAUGUAUUUCAUGUCCUCCUCUACUACUACUACAUCCCUUCUCUCUCUGUCUCUCUCUCUUUCCCACGAGUCCACUCAUUGAUUCAGAGGAGCAAUCCCUCUGCUGGACAGCAGGAGCUCUGCACACACACUGCAGUGCUGAUCAGCUGAGCUGCAGUGACUGUAGGAAACACUUUUAUCACUGCUACUGCUUCUGCCACUCUAGACUGAAUGCAGGCGGAGAGGGGGAAUAGAGAGAGGAGAGAGAGGGUUGGAGAGAGCGCACAGGCCAUGCCAAAUAAAGCCAUGGGGGCCUGGGCAGUGACGAUCCUUUCUACACUAUAAAUACGCUGUUCUUCUGCCGGUUCGGGUUUGGUGCCUGGAGCUCUGGACCAGUGACUGCACCAGCCCGUCUCAGAAGAUUCUCAUCCGCACUCAGGCCUGUCACUAUGCCACGGGUGGAUGCUGACCUCAAACUGGACUUUAAAGAUGUCCUUUUCAGACCAAAGAGGAGCAGUCUGAAGAGCAGGUCUGAGGUUGACCUGCAGAGGACCUUCACAUUCCGGAACUCAAAGCAGACCUACAAUGGCAUCCCGAUUAUCGCUGCUAACAUGGACACCACCGGCACUUUUGAGAUGGCACAGGUGCUCAGCAAGCACACUCUCUUCACAGCCAUCCAGAAGCACUACUCCCUGGAGGAGUGGAAGACUUUUGCUGCCAGUCAUCCAGAGUGCCUUGAGCAUAUCGCGGCCAGCUCAGGCAGUGGCGUGGCGGAUCUGGAAAAACUGUCCAGCAUCCUGGAGGCCAUUCCUCUCAUCCAGUACAUCUGCCUGGACGUGGCCAAUGGCUACUCAGAACACUUUGUGGAGUUUGUCAAAAAAGUUCGGGAAAAGUUUCCUAAGCACACCAUCAUGGCAGGAAAUGUGGUGACAGGAGAGAUGGUGGAGGAACUCAUUCUGUCUGGGGCUGAUAUCAUUAAAGUGGGCAUUGGGCCAGGUUCUGUGUGCACCACACGCAUUAAGACCGGUGUGGGUUAUCCUCAACUGAGUGCUGUUAUUGAGUGUGCUGACUCGGCCCAUGGACUGAAAGGACACAUAAUAUCUAUCUGGAUCCAACUCCGCCCCCUGGAUCUUGUGUACUGCAAAGAGAUGCUACUGGAAAGAUUGGCAGAUGGAGGCUGCAGUUGCCCCGGGGAUGUUGCCAAAGCUUUUGGCGCGGGGGCAGAUUUUGUCAUGCUGGGAGGAAUGUUAGCAGGACACGAUCAAUGUGCUGGUGAAAUCAUUGAGAAAGACGGCAAGAAGUUCAAGAUGUUCUAUGGGAUGAGCUCGGACACAGCCAUGAAGAAGUACGUCGGAGGGGUAGCAGAGUACAGGGCAUCAGAGGGCAGGACAGUCCAGGUGCCCUACAAAGGUGACGUCGAAAACACCAUCAGGGACAUCAUGGGUGGUUUGCGGUCCACAUGCACAUAUGUAGGAGCUGCCAAACUCAAAGAACUGAGCCGCAGGACAACCUUCAUCAGAGUCACACAGCAGUCCAGCCAAAUGUUCACCUAGUCCCACAGGCUUAACAAACAUGCACUCACAAAUAUAGAUUCACUAUUAGGUAAGGAAUAGUUGCAAAUUCUAUCAUUUAGAAUUGUGGGUGAAAUGAGCAGAAUAAUUCUACCAUAAAGAGGAGAGGAAAGACAUUCAUGAACAUAUUUUCUUGUCUUCCAGUUUUCUUUGCUCAAUAUACUCAGGAACCUUGAUGUAUACAAUUUCUUUGGAAAACCAAUGUUGUAUCAUGGCUCAAUUUUGUUCAUUUACAACCUUUCAGUUUUUUAAAGUAUGCAAUGGGGUUGCAUCUGUAUGAGAGGGUGAUUAAGGAAACAUCUAAUAAGUCUCUUGGCAGGAAAAUACUAGUGAUAUGAUUCAUUCAAACCCAUCCUCUCCAGUAUAGCAACUGAAAGAAAUGCAUGCUAUUGAAGAAUUUACACCAGCAGAGAAUCUUCUCUGCCACUUUAUGCUCGCUCCUGUGUGUUGUGCUCUAAGUUUGAGUUGAUUUGUGCAGAGAUUGGUGCAUUGUGUGCUGUUGUGAACUAUUUUUGCUGGCCUGCUUCCUUUGUGAUUGUACAAUGGGUGUGGUGGGAUGUCAUAUCAGACCAGAGGAAUGUGAAACCUCCUGCACCUCAUUUCUUCAACAUGCCUUGUGCAGUUUAGAUGAGGGAGCAAAUACAGGAUUAAAAUGUGUUAUGACUGAGUAAAACAUUACAUAUGGAUGAAUAAACAUCUGAAUGAAAACUGUGCCCUAAA